UCCGUGUGUGUGGUCAUGGUGAUCUCUGACUCGGAGCAAUACACCACAAACCGUCUAAGCAGCGAAAGCAAAAUACAUCGAUUCCCCGCCGCUCUCGUUCCACAUUUUAAAAAUUGUUAAAACUUACGCAAGUUGGAAAAUCUUAUGUUGAGGCGAGCAGAAGCGGAAGUGGGUGGGCUCCUCUCCGCUAGCUUGGUGGAAGUCGUGUUGACGUCUCAAGUUAGCUUGAGCAGUUCAACUCCAAUGAGCGACAAACAUGGCCAACAAUUGUAUGGACGCGUUUAUUCUGAAGCUGCAAGAUGUGAACGCGGUCAAGUUUGGCCAGUAUAAGCUCAAGAGUGGCUUGAUGACACCCAUUUACAUCGACCUGAGGGUCCUCGUGUCCCACCCGGCUCUCUUAAAUCAGGUGUCAAAGCUCAUGUACCAGAAAGCUCAAGAUGAGGGUCUCCAGUUUGACUCGGUAUGUGGUGUUCCCUACACUGCCUUGCCCAUGGCCACCAUUAUCUGCUCCACACAUGAGCUGCCCAUGCUCAUCAGGCGCAAGGAGUCCAAGGACUAUGGAACCAAGCGUCUGGUGGAGGGCUCGUUUAAAGAGGGAGAUACGUGCCUCAUCAUUGAAGACACGGUGACCAGUGGCAGCAGCAUCUUGGAAACGGCUGAAGUGCUGCACAAAGAAGGACUGAAGGUGACCGAUGCCAUCGUGCUGAUGGAUCGCGAGCAAGGCGCGGCGGACACGCUGGCUUCCAAAGGCAUCCGGCUCCAUCCCAUCAUCUCCAUGUUCAAGCUGCUCGAUGUGCUCAAAGCCGCCGAGCGCAUCGACGCGCACACCGCCCACAGCGUUCGCAAGUCCAUCCUGGACAACAACACCUUCAGGUACGCCGUCAAGAAUGGAAACGAUGACCCGGCGUCGAAGAAGCAACGUUUGGAACGCGGCUUGGAGCUGAGUUAUGAAGCCAGAGCCAAACUGCCAAAUGUUCACCCUCUGGCGUCGAAGCUGCUGACCGUCAUGGCGGAGAAGCAGUCCAACCUUUGCUUGUCUGCCGACGUCACGAGCGGCGAGGACCUGCUGCGGCUCGCAGACGCUCUGGGUCCGAAGAUUUGCCUAUUGAAGACCCACGUCGAUAUCUUGGAGGACUACACUGAGGCUUUCAGCCAGAAGCUGCAGGCCCUCGCUGAGAAGCACAACUUCCUGAUCUUUGAAGAUCGCAAGUUCGCCGAUAUUGGGAACACGGUCAAGCAUCAAUAUGAAGGCGGUUUGUACCGCAUCUCGUCGUGGUCCCACGUGGUGAACGCUCACGCGGUGCCGGGAUCCGGCGUCGUGAAGGGCCUAGCGUCUGUCGGACGGCCCCUGGGCCGAGGCUGUCUGCUCAUCGCGCAGAUGAGCUCGCAAGGCUCGCUGGCGACCGGCGAGUACACCGAGGCUACGAUCAAAAUGGCCGAGGAGCAUUUUGACUUUGUCAUCGGCUUCAUCUGCGGCUCGAAGAUCACAAAGAGGCCCGAGUUCAUCCACAUGACCCCCGGAGUGCGAAUGCAGACUGGAGGAGAUGUCCUAGGUCAACAGUACACCACCCCAGAGGAGGUCAUCUACAACAAGGGCUCUGAUGUCAUCAUCGUUGGACGCGGGAUCCUGGAGGCCUCCGAUAGGCUGGCCGCUGCCGAGGCUUACAGGAAGUCCGGCUGGGAGGCGUACGCACGGAGGAUGGGGGGGGGGGGGGGGGGGGCGAGUGACCAAUAGGAGCUCAACUUAAGGGAUUUAGUUUUCACUUCUUUUUUGUUUGUGUGCGUCACACCAACUUGAAUAUCUUGUCGAUGAUAAAAGCUGCUCUCCUGCUUCUCUUAGUGUCUGCUGCUUUGACUUUCACUAUUUUGGUAGGAUUUCUUUGUACCGUAUUGUUUUCUUCCGCUCCUCCGCUUGACCAAUCGUUUGUUAUGGGCUGUAAUUUACAGUCUUCACAGGCAACAUUUUAUAUGACCUGUUGAUUUUUUUUUUUUUUUUUAAGCAGCUACUGUACGAUCAUUGACCAAUCCAAACACUUAAUCCUGUGAUUCAGGUGAGGGAAUUCGAAAUGUUUUUUUUUUUUUUAUGGGGGGGGUCUCGACUGCCUUUCACAUUGUCAACCUUGAAUUAAAAAAAAAAUCAUGAUUGAUAAA